AUGAUGCUUUCAACACGUUACUACGCCCUUUUGUUCCUGGGAACUCUUCAUUAUUUUACAACUCAUGCCCAAUCCAUUUGCCCGUUGAUCGGACCAGACUUUCCUCCUCCCAAAAGUCUCUCCUCCAACAAGACAUUUCAAUCCACCAUUUCAAACUUCACACAAUUGCUUCAGCAAACAAUCUCCGCCGGCAAUACACAAUACGGGCCCUUUGAUUCUGCUAACACCUCCUACUCUACAGAACUGUUCUCGACCUACGAAUUAACUCCACUGUUCACAGCUCACUUCACCCCUCCUGCUGUGGCAACAUACCAAGAUGGGGUGAAGAGUGUAGACUCAAACACGGUAUUCAGAAUUGGCAGUCUGACCAAACUCAUCGUGGUUUACACAUUUCUCAUCGAAGCAGGAGAUGCCAGGUUCAACGAUCCAGUUGCGAAAUAUGUCCCUGAACUUCUGGGAGCUGCACAGUCCAUAAAUCCUUCAGCAAACUCACUUGGCAAUGUGGCUUGGGAUGAAAUUAUUGUUGGUGAAUUGGCAGCUCACAUGGCAGGCAUUGGAAGAGACUGGGAAGGCCUUGGGAAAAUAGGAGGCUUUUUUUUCCCAGUCGGCGACCCUUCAGCCCUCGGCUUGCAGCCGUUGCAUGCCUCUGAAUUACCACGUUCCAAAUACUGA